AUGGACUCUGCUUGGCUCUGCCUGUGUGGUGCCCUUGUCAUGUUUAUGCAUGCGGGCUUCGCGAUGCUGGAGACGGGCAGCUGCCGUGCAAAGAACGCGUCCAACGUCCUCAUGAAGAACUUGGUGAACGUGACGGUUGGCACGCUGGGCUGGUGGGUCUUUGGCUGGGCCUUCGCUUACGGCAGCCAGGGAGAUCCAGCGAACGGCUUCAUCGGAACGAGCGAGUUCUUCGGCAUCGGCUUCUACACCAUCGAUGAGACCACCGGUGUCAUCACGCCCCUUGCAUCAUGUGAUGCUGACGGCUGCCAGAGCAAGAUGUUGAGCUGGUUCUUUCAGUGGGCAUUUUGCACGGCCGGAGCCACGAUCGUGAGCGGUGGCGUGGCUGAGCGUGUGAAGAGUCCUACGUACGCGGUGUAUGCCUUCUUCAUGGCCAGCUUCAUCUACCCCAUCAUCGUCGCAUGGUCCUGGGGCGGUGGCUGGCUGGCCACCGUUCUGGAUGUAGGCUACAUGGACUUUGCCGGCAGCGGCGUGGUGCACUUGACGGGUGGCGUGAGUGCUCUAUUGGGCACCAUUGUGCUCGGCCCACGCAAGGGCCGCUUCGAGAAUCCGGAGGAGUUCGAGUGCCACAACUUGCCCCUCGUGGUCUUGGGUACCUUUGCGCUGUGGUUCGGCUGGUACGGCUUCAACCCGGGCUCCACGCUCGGAAUGCACGACGGAGCUACGGGUGCUAUGGCUGCGCAAGUGGCCAUGAACACAACCCUGUCCGCGGCCACCGGCGGCAUCACUGUGUUCAUUCUGCGCUAUGCCAUCAUGAAGAAGUACGACGUGGGUGGCCUGUGCAACGGCAUUUUGGCAGGCCUGGUGUCCAUCACCGCCGGAUGCGGCAACGUGGAGUGCGGCAGCGCCUUUGCCAUCGGCCUGAUUGGUGCCUUGGUGUACCAAGCCUCGUCCAUGCUGCUGCAGAAGCUGAAGAUCGACGACCCUGUCGAUGCCAGUCCGGUGCACGGCUUCUGCGGCAUCUGGGGCGUGCUGGCAGCCGGACUCUUCGACUGGGGUAAGGGUGUUGACCACUACCACGGCUGGUCAGGCUUUGGCUGCAUGCCAGUGAGCGAUUCGGACUCUACUUGCCAGACCGGCAUUGGCGGCACCGCGAUCGGUGCGCAGUGCAUCCUGAUCAUCAUGGUCAUCCUUUGGGCCGGAACGCUCUCAGGGAUUGCCUUCUUCGCUCUGAAGAUGACAGGGCUCUUGCGUAUCGACGAGUACACGGAAGAGGUCGGCAUGGACGUCAAGCAGCACUCUCCCCCGAAGGCUUACGCCAUUGGCGCAAACCCAAUGCCGACCGAAGUUGAGAAGACGGUGCUGGCUCCUCUGGCAGUCGGGCAAAAGGAUGCCCUCGCAGACUUGGAAGCGCUCCGAGCAGAAGUUCUUGCACAGCGGGCUCUCAUCCAGGAACAGCAGCAGAAAUACGACUCCUUGGUCGAAACCCGAAGGCUGCAGACAGCAAGCUAUGUGAGCCUUGACACCUUCAAUACCGAGGUGCAGGCGCUGAAGAACGCGGACUACAGCUUGGGUGGUGCCAUGGACUCUGCUUGGCUCUGCCUGUGUGGUGCCCUUGUCAUGUUUAUGCAUGCGGGCUUCGCGAUGCUGGAGACGGGCAGCUGCCGUGCAAAGAACGCGUCCAACGUCCUCAUGAAGAACUUGGUGAACGUGACGGUUGGCACGCUGGGCUGGUGGGUCUUUGGCUGGGCCUUCGCUUACGGCAGCCAGGGAGAUCCAGCGAACGGCUUCAUCGGAACGAGCGAGUUCUUCGGCAUCGGCUUCUACACCAUCGAUGAGACCACCGGUGUCAUCACGCCCCUUGCAUCAUGUGAUGCUGACGGCUGCCAGAGCAAGAUGUUGAGCUGGUUCUUUCAGUGGGCAUUCUGCACGGCCGGAGCCACGAUCGUGAGCGGUGGCGUGGCUGAGCGUGUGAAGAGUCCUACGUACGCGGUGUAUGCCUUCUUCAUGGCCAGCUUCAUCUACCCCAUCAUCGUCGCGUGGUCCUGGGGUGGUGGCUGGCUGGCCACCGUUCUGGAUGUAGGCUACAUGGACUUUGCCGGCAGCGGCGUGGUGCACUUGACGGGUGGCGUGAGUGCUCUAUUGGGCACCAUUGUGCUCGGCCCACGCAAGGGCCGCUUCGAGAAUCCGGAGGAGUUCGAGUGCCACAACUUGCCCCUCGUGGUCUUGGGUACCUUUGCGCUGUGGUUCGGCUGGUACGGCUUCAACCCGGGCUCCACGCUCGGAAUGCACGACGGAGCUACGGGUGCUAUGGCUGCGCAAGUGGCCAUGAACACAACCCUGUCCGCGGCCACCGGCGGCAUCACUGUGUUCAUUCUGCGCUAUGCCAUCAUGAAGAAGUACGACGUGGGUGGCCUGUGCAACGGCAUUUUGGCAGGCCUGGUGUCCAUCACCGCCGGAUGCGGCAACGUGGAGUGCGGCAGCGCCUUUGCCAUCGGCCUGAUUGGUGCCUUGGUGUACCAAGCCUCGUCCAUGCUGCUGCAGAAGCUGAAGAUCGACGACCCUGUCGAUGCCAGUCCGGUGCACGGCUUCUGCGGCAUCUGGGGCGUGCUGGCAGCCGGACUCUUCGACUGGGGUAAGGGUGUUGACCACUACCACGGCUGGUCAGGCUUUGGCUGCAUGCCAGUGAGCGAUUCGGACUCUACUUGCCAGACCGGCAUUGGCGGCACCGCGAUCGGUGCGCAGUGCAUCCUGAUCAUCAUGGUCAUCCUUUGGGCCGGAACGCUCUCAGGGAUUGCCUUCUUCGCUCUGAAGAUGACAGGGCUCUUGCGUAUCGACGAGUACACGGAAGAGGUCGGCAUGGACGUCAAGCAGCACUCUCCCCCGAAGGCUUACGCCAUUGGCGCAAACCCAAUGCCGACCGAAGUUGAGAAGACGGUCUGA